GUCUUAUUGGUCUCAACUUUUUGCUAUAAAUUUAAGCGAUUUUAUGCUUUGCGAACUAAUUCUGCUCCGGUAUCCACCGCCGCCGAGGUCCAAAGUUUAUCUACAUACACUCUUCUAGCUACUCUCAUCUAAGGAACAUAUUUUGUACCUGUACGCUCAACUGAACAUUUGCAAAAGCAAUGUUUCCAGAUCGAGUAAUUUUGCUGAACCUCUUGGCCAUAGUAGCCUUGAUCACUAUGCAGCUUGAAGCAGUGCAAAGCAGUGUCCCUGACUAUCCUCAGUUUGCGGAUCGAGUUCAGCUGAGUUGUAAAACUGGUUACAGACAGACAGGAACAAAGACCUUAAGCUGCACGGGUCGAAGAUGUCAACCAUUAGUGGCAUCCUUGAUUGGGUGUAGUGACUGGAGUAUUACUGUGCCGGUAUGUCAACCAGUAGGUGCUUCUAGUGGAGCGAGUUGUCCGAAUCCAGGUUUUCCAUUACAUUGGGGUGCAGCAAAAGCCUCUUAUCCUCAUGGUCAUGUUAAAAAUAUCUUUUGUAAAACCUCAAACAUGGAUAUGGACAUGUCUCCCAUCUUAAAAUGCGUCAAUGGAAGGUGGUCUGGUCCUGUUCCAACUUGUAGAGAUAUACGAAUUUCAAUCACCAAGUCAAGUGGGUGUGGCAACACAUACGAGUCGUCCAACCCCCCUGGAGGCGAGAUCAUGUCACCCGGAUAUCCAUCUCAAGACUACGGCAACGAUAAGCAGUGCCAUUGGAAAAUAUCCUCCAAUUCUAGGAUUGGCCUUUGGUUCAAGACCUUCAGAACCGAGUCAGUAUUAGACACGGUAAAAGUCUAUGAUGGUGGCUCAGCAUCUGCUCCGUUACUUGGUACAUUCAGUGGAAGUAGGUUACCUCCCUACAUUACCAGCAAGUCUAAUCAGCUGUACAUAACCUUCACCACCGAUGGAUCACUAGGUUACAAGGGCUUUGCAGCUUCAUAUCGAGCUCUAGGUAUAGGAACUCUUCGUCUUGUCAAUGGUACUUCAAGGUCCGGUAGAGUGGAAGUCUACAUGAACAAGGAAUGGGGUACGAUCUGUGACGAUGCUUGGGACAUCACAGACGCAGGAGUAUUCUGCAGGCACCUGGGUUUCCCAGGAGCAGUUAGUGCCUAUACAAAUCUCGAAUUUGGUGCAGGCACUGGCAAGAUUUGGCUCGAUGACCACGUUUGUACAGGUGCAGAAACCCAUUUUCUUAAGUGCAAUAGCAGAAACUGGGGCGAGCACGACUGCGGCCACAGCGAAGAUGCAGGAGUCAAGUGCCAAAAGAGAGUCAAGCUGGUCAAUGGUGGUGCUAGCUAUGGCCGUGUUGAAGUGUACCAUGCAGGUCAGUGGGGGACGGUUUGCGAUGAUGCCUGGGACAUGGACGAUGCUAAUGUGGUCUGCCGUGAGCUUGGCUUCUCAAGAGCAACUAAUGCCUAUACUGAUGCCCACUAUGGUCAGGGAACUGGACCGAUAUGGAUAGACGAGACGUCCUGUCUUGGGACAGAGGAUUCGUUGUUGUCCUGUGGGUUUCGUGGAUGGAUAAGUAACAACCAAGGCUGCAGCCAUAGCGAAGAUGUUGGGGUGAAGUGCGUUUGAAACGCUCAGUUGUUGCCUAAUUUAAUCAACCAAUUUCAAAUGAAACUAGUUUGAUUUUCUGCUGUGUGCCUUCACUACAGAUAUAAAAAUUCCACCUUGAUCAAAAUCAUGCUUAAGCUUUCAAACUGAUUUUCAAUUAGUCUUUGAAACUGCUAAAUAAUCUGUAUGGUAGACAAAUUUUUUUUUGUUCAAGCUUUGCCUGAAGAAGUGACUUACAUUUUGUACCCAAAAAAAUAUGAAUAGUUUAAAAAAAAUCUACGAUCGACGCUAACAUACAUAAGCAUUUACGAUGAAAUUACCAUGAUGUUUGUUAAAAAUUGAACAAAUAAAUUAAAGAGGUGAAAGCUGACACAUCAUUUGAGAAGCGACGUAAGGAUUAAAAUAAGGACAUUAAAAAGAUAUCAUAAAAGACA